UACAGGAGCCAUUGCCGGCGACUGGGCAACGGUGGUGGCGGAAUAGUGGAGGGAAACCAGUAGAAGCGCGAAUGAGAACAACAACAAUUACUCCUAUCAUUUCCUAAAUAACCAUGAAGCCUCCUCUCUUCUUCUUCUCAUUCGCGCUUCUACUGGUUUCCCUCCACUAUUCCGCCACCACCGUUGCCCAGUCGCCGGCAAUGGCUCCUGUAAAAGCCGCCCCUGUCGCUUCCCCCGCCGCCGCCCCUGCCCCUGCCGCCUUAGUCCCCACAUUGCCACAGACACCUUCAGACAACACCCCCGACACUCCCUCCACCGACAUCAUCGGCAUCCUCAGGAAAGCCAAGUCGUUCGACGUCUUCAUUCGGCUCCUCAAAAUCACACAGCUCAUCAACCAGAUUAAUUCCCAGCUCUUGACCACCAAAUCUGGGGGCUUGACCAUUUUCGCACCAGACGACUCUGCCUUCUCAGAACUCAAAGCAGGGUUCCUCAACUCUCUCGGCGAUGCCCAAAAGCUCGAGCUUUUACAGUUCCACAUCCUUCCUACCUACGUCACGAGCAACAACUUUGACACUCUGACGAACCCGGUCCGAACCCUGGCCGGAGAUAAGCCGGGGAGGGUGGACCUAAACGUGAUUAGUUACGGCGGCAGCGUGAACAUAUCAACGGGGGUGGUGAACACCACCCUGACCGGCAUUGUGUAUGCGGAUAAGCAUCUUGCCAUUUACAAGGUGGGCAAGGUCCUUCUUCCUCUCGACUUCUACGCCGCUAACACACCCGCGGCGGCUCCAGCACUGUCUCCGGCAGCCGCGGGGGCGAAGGCGCCUAAAGCAGAUAAGGAGGAGCCGCCAUCGUCGGAGGAUUCCUCAGAUUCAUCAUCGCAGGUUGUUCCGAGUAAGGAAAAUUCGGGUGAUGUGAGAAUGAGCGUGGGAGGAAUGUGGAUGUCGCUUGGAGUUGUUAUGGUGGCCGUAUUAAGAGUAUAAACCAGAAGAAUAUGAGGAUAUCCAAAUUGUAUGAUUUUAUUGAUGAGUGUUUUAUUAAGUUAUGUCCAGAGGAGAAGGGAUGAGGCGCCUGUGUGUUUAUUUGAGUGAAUCAGGACAUCAUGUACGGAGCGCAUAUAUGGUUACGAGUUUAUUAUUGUUGCCUUUUUCUUAAUCUUUGCCAAGCACGUCUGAUGAGUAUUAUUAUUGAAACAAAGAGUCGUUUCCAUCUUACAUUUCA